AUCACGGCCCCGGCCAUGACUGAGGCGGAUGCCGGUGCCGCCGUUGCCGCCGCCGCCGGGGGGGUGUCCGCUUCCCAGAAAGUAGCUUGAUGAGUGUCCAAAGUAGCAGUGGAAGUUUGGAGGGGCCGCCAUCUUGGUCCCAGCUCUCCACGUCUCCAACCCCGGGCUCGGCGGCGGCGGCGGCAGCAGCCAGGUCGCUGCUGAAUCACACGCCGCCAUCCGGGAGGCCCAAGGAAGGUGCAAUGGAUGAGCUUCACAGCUUAGAUCCAAGAAGGCAAGAAUUAUUAGAAGCUCGAUUUACAGGAGUUGUAAGUGGAAGCACUGGGAGCACGGGAAGUUGCAGUGUUGGAGCAAAGGCCUCAACAAAUAAUGAAAGUUCUAAUCACAGUUUUGGAAGCUUGGGAUCUCUAAGUGAUAAGGAAUCAGAGACUCCAGAGAAGAAACAGUCAGAGCCAUCCAGAGGAAGAAAGAGGAAAGCAGAAAACCAAAGUGAAAGCAGUCAGGGAAAAAGUAUUGGGGGACGUGGCCUCAAAAUUAGUGACUAUUUUGAAUAUCAAGGUGGAAAUGGCUCUAGUCCAGUAAGGGGAAUACCUCCUGCAAUACGAUCGCCUCAGAAUUCACAUUCACAUUCCACUCCUUCCUCUUGUGUUCGGCCGAAUAGCCCUUCUCCUACUGCAUUAGCUUUUGGGGACCACCCUAUUACACAACCAAAGCAGUUAUCUUUUAAAAUUAUUCAGACUGAUCUCACAAUGCUGAAAUUAGCAGCACUAGAAAAUAAUAAAAACCAGGACCUGGAAAAGAAAGAAGGUCGUAUAGAUGAUUUGCUCAGGGCUAACUGUGAUCUUAGACGUCAAAUAGAUGAACAGCAAAAACUACUUGAAAAAUAUAAAGAAAGAUUAAAUAAAUGCAUUUCAAUGAGUAAGAAACUUUUAAUAGAAAAGAGCACACAAGAAAAACUGGCAAGCAGGGAGAAGAGUAUGCAAGACAGACUACGCCUUGGGCAUUUUACAACAGUUAGACAUGGUGCUUCAUUUACUGAACAAUGGACAGAUGGUUUUGCCUUUCAAAAUCUUGUGAAACAACAAGAAUGGGUAAAUCAGCAAAGGGAGGAUAUUGAAAGGCAAAGAAAACUCCUGGCAAAGAGAAAACCACCGACUACUAAUAAUUCUCAGGCACCUUCCACCAAUUCUGAACCAAAACAAAGGAAAAACAAAGCUGUCAAUGGAGCAGAAAAUGAUCCUUUUGUUAGACCUAAUUUACCACAACUGCUGACUUUAGCAGAGUACCACGAACAAGAAGAAAUUUUCAAACUUAGACUAGGACAUCUCAAAAAGGAAGAAGCAGAAAUCCAGGCAGAACUUGAACGUUUGGAAAGAGUCAGAAAUCUUCACAUACGGGAACUCAAAAGGAUAAACAAUGAAGAUAAUUCACAGUUUAAAGAUCAUCCCACAUUAAAUGAACGAUACUUGUUACUUCAUCUGCUUGGUAGAGGUGGCUUUAGUGAAGUAUAUAAGGCUUUUGACCUUUAUGAACAAAGAUAUGCUGCUGUGAAGAUCCACCAGCUUAAUAAGAGCUGGAGGGACGAGAAGAAGGAAAACUACCACAAACAUGCCUGCAGAGAGUAUAGAAUACACAAAGAACUGGACCACCCCAGGAUAGUUAAAUUAUAUGAUUAUUUCUCCUUGGAUACAGACACGUUUUGUACAGUGUUAGAAUACUGUGAAGGCAAUGACUUGGAUUUCUAUCUCAAACAACAUAAAUUAAUGUCAGAGAAGGAAGCUAGGUCCAUUGUUAUGCAAAUAGUAAAUGCACUAAGAUAUCUCAAUGAGAUCAAACCCCCUAUUAUCCAUUAUGAUCUUAAACCAGGAAACAUCCUUUUAGUAGAUGGAACAGCAUGCGGAGAAAUCAAAAUUACUGAUUUUGGCCUGUCCAAAAUCAUGGAUGAUGAUAGUUAUGGCGUGGAUGGAAUGGAUCUAACUUCUCAAGGGGCAGGGACAUAUUGGUAUUUACCUCCAGAGUGUUUUGUAGUUGGCAAAGAGCCUCCAAAGAUUUCCAACAAGGUUGAUGUAUGGUCUGUUGGAGUCAUCUUUUUUCAGUGUCUAUAUGGUCGAAAGCCAUUUGGUCACAACCAGUCUCAACAAGACAUCCUGCAAGAAAACACAAUAUUAAAAGCCACAGAAGUUCAGUUCCCUGUGAAACCUGUUGUAAGCAAUGAAGCCAAGGCUUUCAUAAGACGUUGUUUAGCAUACCGUAAAGAAGAUCGAUUUGAUGUCCACCAACUGGCUAAUGAUCCUUACCUUCUUCCGCACAUGAGAAGAUCAAAUUCUUCAGGGAAUUUACAUAUGGCUGGACUCACAGCCCCUACCCCGCCUUCUUCAAGUAUAAUUUCUUAUUGACGUGGCUCCAAGAUUGGCAUGAUGUCUUUCAAUUGUUUUCAAAUGCAGACUUAUUUGAGAACAUUGAGUGUUUUUUACACAAGACAAGAUUGAAAACUUUUCAAACUGAAGUUCUUCUUUAGUGUAAUUUGUAUUCGAGUGGAUCAUGGACUGUGAAUAAAUGUCCUCUUCUGACUGUAACCUUAAACAUGGAAGGAUCACUACCUCUUGCGCACAGACAAGAGUACUGUGUUUAAGAGGGGAAAUGGGCCUUUGGGCGGGCAGGUGUGGGGCGGGGAGGAGACAUUGUAAAUAACCUUUAUAAUACUUAAAUAAAUUUUUGGCUGAUACUGGAGAGUUCUGAUAUGAAGGGUAGUUUUUCAUUAUUUAAAUUCGUGGAGGGAAUAUCAGACAAAUUCUGUCUAACACAAGAACUACAGUGCCUGUGUCCAUGCAUUAGCCAUUCAGCAGGAAUUCUGCUGACACCAAAGUAAGAAGUGAAUGACAGUCACCUUGUGUUAUGGAAUAAUGGAAUAUCACAGACUUUUUGGACAGAGUUAAACUUUGUGUUUUGCCUCUUUGGGCUUUUGCAGAGUUAUACCUCAAAACCACUUUUCUUUUUUCCCAUUAUUGACGUGGCUCCAAGAUUGGCAUGAUGUCUUUCAAUUGUUUUCAAAUGCAGACUUAUUUGAGAGCAUUGAGUGUUUUUUGAAUGGUCAGCUAUUCUAGAUACUUUAACCCUUGAUUAAAUGAGCUGCAUAUUUUGAAAUCUUGUUGAAUUAGCUAAAUUGUAAUAUUUGCUGUGUUUCCAAAAUGUUAGGAUUUUUAACAUGUAUUUCAUAAUUCAUUUCCUGGCCUUGUGAUAAAAAAUGGCAGUAUGUAACCAAAUGCAGACCAGUUCUAUGCAGGAUAAUGAUCAAUUCCCUUCAAGUUCUAUUGUAAAUUGUUGUACAGAUGUCAUAUUUUCAAUUAUACACAAGUUUCAGCAGCUUAUUCUUGUAUAAAUGUUUAAAUGGCUUUUUCUAACUGGAUAUUGUAUUUUUUUUUAAGUCUCCUUGAAAGCGCUUUAAUUGCUGCUAAGUGGUGUUGCUUUUACCUUUGCAAAAAAUUGAAUGGCCUCCUUAAGGUGCAAGUUGACUGUACGUCAUAGAGAGGUAAUAAAAGUAGAUACUUCCUUAACAGUCAAGGCAUGUAUAACUGAAUAUGUUGGACAUAUCAGCUCUUCUAAGUCAGUUUCUCAUGCUCUAACACUGUGGGCACCGAGUCUAUAUUCAGAAAGUGUUCACAGUUUUUCUACAUUUCUGGAAGGUUCCUGUUGGCAAGGUGGGAAGUUAUUCCUGUAAAGAAAUGUUUCUUGUAGUUUGUACAGAUGUGUUAAAAUGUGAAACAUUUUCUAACUGCCUUGUGUGGUAGAAGCUGUUUUUUUUUUCUUUUCAGGAUGCUGUAUUUCUCUCCUGUACAUUACUCCUUUUGCUGUCACAUUCAUGAUGCUGAAUACUUAUAUGUAAGUAAGUAAGUUUUGUCCAUGUUGCAGAAAAAGGAGGUUCUAUUACCACAGGUUCUUAUUUAAUAUUGUACAUAUAUACUGUGGCUCCUGUUUUUAAUGUUGGCAAGCAAUUUUGUUUUUCACUGUACAUAAACACAUUAACUGUCUCUUUAAGACACUGCUGAAAUUGUAGAGAAUGUAGCCAAUACAGUAAUAAACAGUGACAACUGAAAUUUAAA